AUGACGUCAUCUUAUAGUGGAUGCACGCCGGGACCAAGCGAUGUCACACUUUACAUCUCAACACUUCCUGGUACAACAGGAGAACAAGUGAUCGUGACAGACCCUGCUGCUGAUGCUGGAUGUUGUGGCUUUCUAAAGCGUGCCACAUUUUACCCACGGGAUACUGGUUAUAUCCAGUUUCAGCUGUGGCGUCCUUUGACCCUCAACGAGUACAUGUUGAUUUCAGAGUACCGCUAUUAUGUGCCUUCAAAGGACACGACCUUGACCCUAACAUUCCCUAUAGAUAUUUACGUAGAAAAUGGAGAUUGCCUUGGCUGGUACACAGAAAAUACCGGAAUCAUACCAUACAGCAGUGGUUCCUAUGACAACAACAUCGUGAUCUCAAUUGGUGACGUAGCUGUGGGAUACAAUUAUUCCCUAUCGACCCCACACGUCAACAACAGAAUAUAUGCCAUUGAGUUUACCAUUACCGACGGGAGUAAACCGGACUUCACGAAUCUUCCCGCCACGGUAGAUGUGUAUGAUGACAGCCCGUCAGGCGUGACGUUGUACACAACUUCCGUCACUGAUGCUGACGUCGAGGACAUACCUACUCUGUAUAUGACUUUUCAGAGUGUCAGCCCCUCCACUGCUAAUAUUGCGUUUGAUACAACAACUGGAGAAUUUACCACUACAGGGACGUUAAGCUUCGGAACAAUCAUAGUUAAUGUACGGGUAGACGAUCGCUGUGGCAGGAGUAACACAAGGGCUCUCACAAUUAAUGUUCUCAACCAUGCACCAGUGAUCGAUAAUUUACCUGCAUCAGGUGACCUUUCCGAGGUGGUUACCUUAGAAACAUUUCUAUAUCACGUGACUGUUUCGGAUGCUUCCGGUGACCCUGUGACAUGUACACUGAACGACACGUCUCCAUCAGGUGCUCCGUUUCUUCUCAAAUAUAUAUCCGGGACGAGUUCCUACGGUAUAUACAGUCAGUCAUCACCUAACUUAGACUUUAACACCAAUUCCCUGUACACCCUUACAAUACACUGCACUGAUGGUAUGGGGACGGAUUCCGAGACCUUCACCGUCCACGUGACUGAAAACAGCCCCGCCGUCUUCUCAAAUUUACCAGCCAAUGUUACCCUUCCCCUGACAACGCCUUUAGGCACGAUAGUAUACACUGUUGAGGCGACAGACCCUGAAGGAAACAGUCUAAUAUAUUAUACCUAUGGCUGUAGUAGAUGUUGGUUCCAAAUGGCUAGUUCAGGAGAAGUAAUUGUAGAUGAAUCUCUACUCACCAAAACGUCUGCUACUUACAACGUGAACAUUAGAGUCAGUGAUGGCUUGAUCGACUCCUCAUCGUCCACCCUCACAUUUAUAUUCACUGGAUUAAACAGCCAACCCACACUUGACAAUCUCCCGCGGACAUUAAAUAUCCCAGAAUCCCUACCGAUAGGAGCGGAAGUGUUUACUUUAGUGAUGACGGACCCUGACGUCACAGAUACCCACUCUUACAUAUUCUCAUACAAUCCAGCAUCAGCAACUUCAGCGUUUGCCUUUGAUACUUCGUCACGUCAACUUACAGUCGCCUCAAUCCUUAAUUACGAAUCCGGGGUCACCCAGUACACAAUCAGUUUUACAGUGGACGAUGGACAUCUGUCGGAUGGACCAGAAGACCUUAUCAUCAAUAUUCUUGACGUAAAUGAUGCCCCUGUCUUCCAGAAGUCCAUCUACACUGUAACAGAGUAUGAAAGAGGUAUCAAUUACGUACUUCCGGAUCCCGGCUUUUUAGUGACUGACGACGAUCCAGGUGACACAGUUACGUAUGCAAUUACUUCCGGUAACUCUCUUGGUAGAUUCAAAAUGAAUGCUACAACAGGAAUACUUAAAUUUAUGGUAAGCUAUGAUAUCGACAACAACAAUAUGCCUGCCUUUGUUGAUCUAAUUGUCACUGCAACAGACUCGGGUGGAUUAACAGCGACCGUGUUACUUGAAGUCACAGUUCUAGACAACAAUGACAAUUCACCUGUUUGGGAGCAGGAUUCUUAUGAGACCACCAUAAUGUCGGAUAUGGUUGUCGGUUCAUCCAUUCUUCAGGUUCAAGCCACUGAUAUAGAUGUGGAAUACACUAAUAAUAAUAUUAUUUAUACUGUAUUCUCGGGAUCGACUGAAUAUUUUGGAAUUAAAGACAAUGGUGAAAUUUACUUGUUAAAAAGUGUAUCCAUUUACGGAAAUUACACGGAACUUGAUGUGGUAAUUCGUGCCACGAGCCCCGGGAGAACAGCAAAUGUUCCGGUCAAGGUCAUUAUUAACCCGCCUACAUAUUACAACUUCUUCGAUGAUACCGGAAACGUUGCCUGGUUUUCUGUGUGCAUUGCCAUAGGUGUCGUUGCUGUAGCUGUAUCGAGUUUCCUGCUGUAUCGCUACUUCCGGUAUGGAUAUGUCUGCUCGAAGAAGACAACUGACACCAGCAUUGAACACGUGAAUCUUGAAAACAAUGAAUCAAACAAAGGUAGGAUAACCGUGAAGGAAACAGUCAGUAAAACAGAAGACCUUGUCAAGGGCAUUUCACCAUCAAAUAGUACCGACCAACUCGAGCAAAUACCUCGCAAUAUCACACCAGUCAAUGUACCUCCUCGCUACGACAGUCUGGCGAUGAAUCAAGGAAUACGAUUGGUGACAAAUGACCAACCUGCAUAA